UAUUGUUAUCGGAAAAACGUGCAUCCCCAACUCGCGUCGGCGGCGAAUUGUUUUUUCUGCAUUUCGGAAAAAUAAGAAAAUAUAUUAAGAUAAGCAAGGUCCCGUCAGAACGCUAGAAUACAGCCACUGCCAAAAUGGUAAAACUUACGCCAGAGCUGAUUAACCAAUCGAUGCAAUACAUAAAUCCGUGCCGGGAACGCGAGCUAGAUUUGCGCGGCUACAAGAUUCCACAGAUCGAGAACUUGGGCGCCACCUUGGACCAGUUCGACACCAUUGAUCUGUCGGACAACGAUCUCCGAAAGCUGGACAACAUGCCGCAUCUUCCGCGCCUUAAGUGCCUCCUACUGAAUAACAACCGCAUCCUGCGCAUUAGCGAGGGAUUGGAGGAGACGGUGCCGAAUUUGGCUUCCAUCAUCCUUACCGGUAACAACCUGCAGGAGCUUAGUGACCUAGAGCCGCUGUCUGGAUUCACCAAGCUGGACACAAUAUGCCUCCUCAUCAAUCCGGUGUCCACGAAGCCCAACUACCGCGAGUACAUGGCCUACAAGUUCCCGCAGCUCCGUCUUCUCGACUUCCGGAAGAUCAAGCAAAAGGACCGCCAGGCGGCGCAAGAAUUCUUCCGCACUAAGCAGGGCAAGGAAAUGCUGAAGGAGGUUAGUCGAAAAUCUAAAAUGAGCGCCGCAGCCGCGCUGGCCGCGGAAGCGGGGAAUGGCAAAGGAAGGGGAUCGGAUGGCGGACGACUGGCCAAUCCGGAAGACAUGCAGCGCAUCCGCGAGGCCAUAAAGCGAGCCAGCUCGCUGGCGGAAGUGGAGCGGCUAUCUCAGAUCCUGCAGAGCGGUCAGCUACCGGAGAAGUUUCAGCACGAGCAGGAGACGCCGCAAAAUGGUGCGGGGCACAAUGGCUCUGGAGCCGUGCCCAUGGACUAUUAGGAUCAGUAUCCUCCGCUCAGCUGUCAGCUACCUUAUAACUGUAGACCAAUAUUUUGUAAUAAAACGCCGCCACAAGUUGA